ACUGACGAACGCAAGUUUAAAAUCAAACGACUGCUCACGGAACGGUCUACGGACAGGAAAGUACGAGGAUUCGAUGAUGCUUUAGGAUUGUUCGUUUCAAUAUUAACACUUGAUGCUAUUCCGUAAAUGAGUAAAGUGUUUGUGCCGCACAAUGGACGCUUGGUCUACCGCCGUUCUUGAAUGGGUCAAUUGCCUCGACAUAUUAGAGAAAAAUGUUGUUGAUAUAGAAGAAUUGCAGGAUUGCAAGUUUUAUUCAAAGCUCAUCAAAAUCUUAUGCCAUAAUUACUCAGAGGAUGAUCUCGAUGACAAAGACCUUUUAUCAAGGUUUAUUCAAGGUACUUAUCCAGAAUUCGUAAUGGAAAGUGAAAAUGAUAAGGAAACUUUUAAAGAAAUUCAUAUUGCUUCACUUCUGCUGCUUCAUUCCUCCCAAGAACCUAAACUGCACAGACCAAUGUGCAUUAAGCUGAGUAAUGAAACUCAGCUUAAGAUUAAGGCAUUCUUGGAAAAAGUGUUGCAGUAUGGUAGCAGUGUAACAAAAGAAGCUAUACACGAGGCAAUCAUGGAAACUUCAGGCACCAUAACGAAAACGCCACCAGUUACGCCGAAAAUGAGACCUUUGAAAGAUUUCUUUAAUUCGCCGGUAACCACAGUAAGAAAAAAUUUUAACAGGGUAAUGGAAGAUCGAACUCGAGAAGUAAGACGCUUGAGGGCCGAGUUAGAAACUGAAAGGUUUGAGAAAGCCGACUUACAAGAAGAUCUCGAGAUACAACGAGAUAAGAUAAACAACCUGCAAAGAAAAUUGCAAGAAAAGAUGGCAGAAAUUAAAAAAAUGCGCGAGGAAUCAGCUGGCCUGGAAACUCCCCAAUCCUCUAAGAAGAAGAAGGAUAUUAAAACGCCAAAGAAUCGAAUCAGUGUCAAAGUACAAGCUUUAACUGAUGAAAUAGUACAGUUGAAAUCUGAGAUCAUUAGUUUACAGGAGGAUAAACAGUCACUUGCACGGAAAUUGGCUUCUUCCGAAAAACAUUGCGCAGCAAUUAAGGAAAGGUCUGACAUGAAUGAGAGAAACUUGGAGACAUUGCUCCUUGAGGCAGACAUCAAAAGCCAAGAAAUAGUAGAACUCACGAUGCAUAAUGAAGAAUUGCGUGCUCAUAUUCAGGAAAUACGGAGAGAAACUAUUGAAAAUCAGAGCUUCGAAAUGGAAAUGUCCCAAAUGUCUCCUUCCAAUUCCAGAUCGUUCAACGCCAGCGAAGUAUUGAGCUCUGUUAUUGAUAUUCAGUUACAGGAAGCAAAAGAAGAAUCCAAAAUUGUCAAAGUGCAACUGGCAGAUUUGAAUCAAAGGUUAAUGUCAGUUCAGGAAGAAUAUCACUUCCUUCAACGUUCCAAUGAAACUCUAAAGAUUGACCUGAGCUCUACCGAGCAAGAAUUGUCUGAAGUGCAAAAGGAAUUAAAAAGUUACAUUGAAAAAAGUAACACGUUCGAGAGAGAGAGUUUACAUUUUCAAGAAGAAACUUCAAAAUUCAAAUCAUUACUUUUAUCCAAAGAAGAAUUAUUGACGCAAUCUGUAAAUAACGAAGACAAUUUAAAAGUACUUUUGAAAGAUUUAGAACUGGAACUUGAAAAAACUCAUGAUUUAUUAAGCAAAGAAAGCGUCAGGGUGAAAGAUUUGGAAGCAGUUGUGUUGGAAAAAACAGAAAUACUUGAACACGAGCAUUCGAGGUUCGACAGUCUUCAUGAAAAAUGGACAAACUUGGAAGAAGAGAAGUCGAAAUUGCUAGGAGAAAUUAAGGAUCUGAAAAACUCAAUAUCACUGAACGAAAAUUCAUUGAAGCAAGCUAAGCAACAGGAGGUAGUAUUGGAGUCAAAUGUCAACAAUCUCAAACGCGAAUUGACAAGUGUACAAGAUUUAUUAAGUGCACAAACAACUAGAGUUAAGAAGUUGGAAGCAGAAUUGAGUCAAACGAAAUUAGAAAAUCAAGAAACUUCGAAGAUGCAGUUAUCCAGGUAUCAAAGCCUUGAAGAAAAAUGCAAAAGCUUGGAGCGUGAAAAAUUGAGUCAAAUGAAAAAUAUUGGAAACCUUCAAGGUCUGCUGGAGUCGAAAGAGCAGCUCCUAAAACAGUCCUCAGACAAAAUAAACGACCUAGAGUCAUCCUUACAGGAUUUAAAUGGGAAACUUCAAUCUGUACACAAUUUGCUAAGUGAAGUACAAAUCAGAGUAAAAGAUUUAAGUGUGAUUAUGCAAGAAAAAGAAGAAGUUAUUGAAAAUCAGUCCAGGUGUUCUCAGGACCUUGAAAAGAAGCAUACAAGUUUGGAACAAGAAAAAAUUAAUCUAUUGACAGAAAUUGAGGGACUGAAAAUUUCAGUUCUCGCAAAACAGGAGCUGCUGGAACAGUCUCAUCAUCUGAAUGGAAAACUUGAGUCAGAAUUACGUGAUCUAAACAGAAACAGAGAAACAAUGCAAAAACUUUUGAGUGAAGAAGAAAUUAAAAUCAAAGAUUUGGAAUCAACAAUAAGACAGAUGAAAGUAGAAUACGAAAAAAACUAUAUUGAUUUUGAAGAAGAAAAAGGUAGUCUGUCACACGAAAUUCUUGAUCUGAAUAACAGGAUUGUAUUAAACGACGAUUUAUUGAAGCAUUCUCGCAAAAGUAAUGAAAACUUGGAGUCAAGUGUACAAGAACUAAACAGCAAACUUCAAGCUGUGCAAGAUUUUCUGGCAAAAGAAAAAAUUAAAGUAAAGGAUUUGGAAUCUACAGUAAUUCAGUCAAAGUUAGAACAAGAAGAAACUACUAAGGCACAGUUAUUAAAGUACCAGAAUCUGGAAGAGAAGUAUGCAAAUUUGGAAAAAGAAAAAUCAAGUCUGAUACAAGAAACGAAAGACUUAAAUCACACAAUUUCACUAAAAGAGAGUGCAUUGGCACAGUCUUAUAAAAAUAUUGAGAACUUGGAAUCAGGUUUACAGGAUUUACACAGUAAACAUCAGUCUAUCCAAAAUUCGUUGGUAGAAGAGAAAACAAAAGUGAAGGAUUUAGAAUCCACAUUAAUUCGCUUAAAAUUGGAUCAUGAAGAAGCUUCCAAGGAACAAUCAUUAAAGUAUCAGAAUCUUGAAGAGACAUAUGCAACUUUGGAAAAAGACAAAUUAAAUCUCAUGCAAAAGACUGAAGAUCUAAGUCACAUGAUUACAGUGAAAGUGGAUUUAUUGGAGAAGUCUCAGCAAAACAUCGGAAACUUGGAAUCAAUUCUACAGGAUCUGAAUAAUAGACAUCAAACUGCACAGGACGAUUUAGCAGAAGAGAAAGUUAAAGUCCAGAAUUUAGAAUCCACGGUGUCAUGCAUCAAAUUAGAAAAAGAAAAGAGCAGUAAGGAGCACCUGUUAGAGUACGAGAAUCUUGAAAAGAAAUACAUGAAUCUAGAUACAGAAAAAUUAAGACUGUCACAAAAGAUUGAAGAACUGAAUCAUAUGAUCACGGUGAAGGAGAAUCUACUGACAAAGUUACAGCAAGAUAACGAAAAUUUGGAAUCAAAUUUGCAAGAUCUAAACAGAAAACAUCAAAUUGUUCAAAACUCUUUAGCCGAACAGAGUACCAAAGUUAAGGAUUUAGAAUCUACAGUAACUAAUCUAAAGUUAAGACAGGAAACAAUCAUUGCGAAGCAAUUAUUAAAGUAUAAGAAUCUUGAAGAAAAGUUUGUAUAUUCAGAAAGAGAAAAGUCAAUUCUCCUGCAAAAGACCGAAGAUUUGAAUCACGUGAUUGGAUUGAAAGAACACCUGUUGAAGCAACUUCAGAAAAAUAAUGAAAAUUUGGAGUCAAGUCUACAAGGUCUGAAUGGUAAAAUUCAAAUUGUAACAGAUUCUCUGGCAGAAGAAAGAUCUAAAGUCAAUGAUUUAAAAUCUGUAGUAACUCGUUUGAAAUUGAAACAAGAACUAACAGUCAGACAUCAAUUGGUAAAAUAUCAGAAACUCGAAGAAAAGUUUGCAAAUACAGAAGGCGAAAAGUCAAGUUUACUAGCGAGGACUGAAGAUUUAAAUGAACAAUUAGCUUCAAACGUGAAUACUUUGACAGAGUUUAAGCAAAAUAAUGAAAAACUGGAGUCAAACUUGCAAGAUCUGACCAAAGAACUCCAAACUGUACAGGAUUUAUUGGUUGUAGAGAGAACCAAAGUCAAAGCCUUACAGGACACAGUAAUUGAUAUGAAGCAAGAAAAGGAAGAAACCCUCAAGAGGGAAUCAACUAGGUAUCAAGUUCUGGAAGAAAAGUAUAUGCACUUAGGACAAGAGAAAUUGAAGAUACUUAAGGACAUUGAAGAUACUAAAAAUUUGCUUACAUCAAAACAAGAACUGUCACAGCAGCUAGAACAGCAGAAUGUGAAGCUGGAGUCUGAAUUAUCUGAUGUAAAGGAUAAGUUGAGAAUUAUCCAGAAGGAGUUUAACAUGGCAAAAAGUAAAAUACAAACUUUGGAAUCCGCAUUAGCUGAAGCGAAAUUAGAAACGGAUAAAAUCGUUGAAAUUCAGUCAUCAAAAAGUAUGGAGCUCCAAAAGUCGAACGAAAAUUUGAAUAAUGAGAUAAAAUCUUUAGAAUCUACUAUAGAAGGCUUGUGCAAAGCUCAAGAAGAAUUACGCGAAAAGAGUGAAGAAGUAGAGCAGGAAAAAUUGCAUUUACUGAAAAAAAUUGGGGAACUUGAAACACAACUUUUAUCAAAGAAAGAAUCAUUGGAAGAGAGUCAGCACCAGAAUGAAAAUCUACAGUCAAAUUUACGUAGUAUGAGCGAAAAAAUGAAUGUGUUGCAGGAUUUGUUGAACACGAAAACAACAAUGGUAGAAAAUCUAGAAUCCAUGGUAGCAAGAAUAGAAGCUGAUAAAAAAGAAGGCCUUACCAUUAUUGAUCAAUUGAAAUUAGAAAGUAUUGAGCACAAAAAUCUGGUAGAGAGUUGCAGUUCGAUUUUGGCAGAGUUGGUAAAUUGCUCUAGUGAAUUAACAGGCGAUACAGUAACGGACAUUGAUAAAUUAACAGUUUUAGAUCUUUCUAAGCAACUAAAAACUUUGAUCAAUUCGAUAAAGGUGAUCUCAAACACCAAAGACGCAGAUCUGAAAAACUUUAACGCUACAGUAGAUGCAUUAAAUGAGACUGUAUCAAAAUUAAAAACUGACAUAGUGCACUGGGAAGAAAUGAAAAAGAAAGAUGAAAACAUUCUUUCCAAAUAUUUGAAGGAGAUAUCUGAUUUAAAGGUGCUUUCUAAAGUGAACGUAGUUCUGUUAGAAGAUGUUGAAAAAUUACAAAAGGAAUUAUCUGAUGAAAGAUUGAAAGUAGAUUCAUUGAACAAAGACAAAAUAUUAUUUGGACAAAAUUUAUUUGACCUUAAACAAACAUUAAAAGAGUUGAAGAAUCAAAAAACAAUUCUGAUAGAAAAUCUUGAGAAUCAGAGUAAAGACUUUGAAAUGGAAAUAGCAAUCGUAUUAGAAUCAGUCGGGAUGAUCCACAGUCAGAUUUUCUCUGAUAAAGAUGGCAUACUGCGUCUUCAAGAGGAUAAAAAUUUGUUGGCCUCCCAGUAUGAGGAAGAGAAGAAAAUUAGAAUCGAUUUGGAGACAAAGUGUGAUUCAUUAGAAAAAGACAAUAAAAAUCAAACAAAAGAGAAAAAAGAACUCAAAGACAAAUUAAAUGUAAUUCGUUUGAGGAAUGCAAAGCUGGAAAAAAAUCUUGACGAAAUGAGAAAGGAAAACAAAAGAUUGGAGAAUGAGAAAUUAACUCCUGAUCAGAAAUUGAAUUCGGAGGAAUUGAAAACUACCAUCUCGAAAUUGCAGCUAGAAAAAGAACAACUCGAGGCAGAGAAAAUAGAGCUCUCUAAGCGACCUACGGAACAAGAUUUUGAUUCUCGUUUGAAAGAAGUACACAUUGAAUAUGACCAGAAGUUGGAAAAAAUCAAACAAAAAAUGAAAAGCACGUACAACGAACAGAUUGCAAAAGUAAACCAAAACCAGGAGAGACAAGUGCAGGAAAAGCUGUAUGCUCAAAAGUUGAAGAUGGAGGAACAGUGUCGAAAACAUGCUGAAGAGAUCACAAAAUACAAAAACCAUGUGACCAAACUGAGUUCCGAGUUCUGGGAUGUUGGUGAGAAGCUCCUUGUCGAGAAACAGCAGAAAGAAUAUUUGGAGCAACAGUUGCAUGAGUUGAGGAAACGUCUGCUUGCCGAAAGGAAUACCACUACAAAUUCUAACAGCACUAUGUCUCAAUCUGCUUCAUCAAACAAAAGCAGAACAUUAAGUUUGGACCGAAGAGAGAUUACAACAUUUACUCGAGAAGAAACAUCUGCACGAACUGUCGAUACAAUAAAAGAAGAAUUCACAUCUUCAAGACGCGAGAGUAUUCAAAGUGUACAAAUGAUGCAGGGCAUGGGGAAUGUUUUCAAAGCCGAGGAUGAAGAGGGAGAAGUGUUCAACACCAAUUACUUAGCGGACAUGAAAGCAGGCCGCUGUACGGAUGCCCCAGACUUAGAAAGAUUAUCAGUUCUUCAGCUGAGAAACGCUCAGUGUAAACCACACUUGAAAUCAUCAUAUCCAGCUGAGACACAAUUUCAGCCAGGAACUUUUACAGAAGAAGAAAUCAAAAGCGGUAGUACGUUGGAAGACUUGUUCAAUGAUAGUCUAAGCCAGAGUCUGCUUCCUGGUGAAAAAUCUAAAAAACGAGACCGAACACAAACCAUGUACAAACGUCCUGGACCUCCAACACCCAGCAAAAACGGAGGCAGACUGUCACUCCAGGGUAAUGAAUCGAGAAGUCCAACUUCAAGAGUAUUGAAAGAACGAAAUGUCGAACGACGCUCGACUGCCACUCCUAGGCGCCUGAAGGACUUGUUUGGAGGAAACUCUCGAAGGCAGGACGAGAAUGUUUCAGGAACCCCAAAAGGUCGUCGGUUGAGCAGUAUCUUCCGGAAACCGAAAUAAAGUGAAUAAUUGAAAAUAAUUUUAAAGUUUCAGAGUAUCAAUUUUUUUUUUAAUAAUCCCUGCAGCUGGGUAUUUUUAUCAGUGCUUCUAACAGAUUUGUAUGUUAUAGAUACUAAUACUGUUAAUCGAAAUGUAAAUAUUUAUGUUUUUAUUGUACAUUGAUAGUAAGAACAAAAAUUAAAGAUAAUAUAUACAGAAUAUUAUAAGGUAGUGUAUGACGUAUUGUACAAAAGUACAAAAAUGGUUUCAGCAGCGAAUAGAGCAACAGAU